UUACCCACUUCUGUGUUGUGCUUAACCACAAACAUUAUCCUUCCAAACUGAGAAAGCAACAAUGGAGUUCCUUUCUCCACUCUGUGAAAGUUUGGACAUUAUCAUUCUUUCCAUUUUAGCACCAGUUAUACUCUUCUCCUUUUUUCUGAUAUCAAGAAAGAGGAGUGCUAAUAACAAAAAGAGACUACCACCAGAAGCCGCUGGCGGAUGGCCUAUUGUCGGCCACCUGCCCCUUCUAAGUCUCUCAAAAGCACCUUAUAUAACUCUGGGAAAAAUUGCUGACAAGCUCGGACCAUUGUUCACAAUCAGGCUCGGUGUGCAUCGAGCUCUGAUUGUGAGUAGUUGGGAGAUGGCUAAAGAAUGCUAUUCUACCAAUGAUGAAGCUUUUGCCAGUCGUCCUAAAGCUCUUUUCUUUGAUGUCAUGGGUUAUAAUUAUGCCAUGAUCGGGGCAACUCCUUAUGGAGAGUACUGGCGACAAAUUCGCAAAAUAUCCACUCUUAAGCUGCUCUCUAAUUACCGGCUUGACUUGUUAAGACAUGUGAGAGAGACUGAGGUAAAGGAAGCCGUAGGAGGAUUAUACAAGAAAUGGAUGAAAAAUAAAAGUAGUUCCGGUAAACUUGUGGUGGAGAUGAAGAAUUGGUUUUGGGAUUUAAAUUUAAAUGUGAUACUGAAGAUGGUUGUAGGGAAGCGAUACGUGGAGUAUAUAAAUGGCGAAGAUGAGAGUAAUGAGGAGAGUGAUACAUGGCAAAAUACUGUCAGGGAUUUUUUCGAAUUAGCAGGGAAAUUUGCAGUAUCAGAUGCACUUCCAUUUCUAAGAUGGCUGGAUGUGGGCGGAGUUGAGAAAGCUAUGAAAAAAACCAUGACAGAUAUGGACGAGAUAAUGGACAGAUGGUUACAAGAACACAAGCAAAAGAAAGCCAAGCCAGAAGAAGAAGACUUGAUGGAUGUUUUAAUGUCCGCCCUGGAUGAUGAAAAUACGCUUUUCACUCAAGACGCUGGCACUAUCAACAAAGCUACAUGCUUGUCUCUGAUUUUAGCAGCAUCAGACAUUGUUAGAGCUGCAUUGACUUGGACUUUAUCUUUAAUACUCAAUAAUCCCAAUGUCCUAAAGAAAGCCAAACAAGAAUUAUACACCCAUAUUGGUCAAGAUAGACAAGUGCAGGACUCCGAUGUGAAGAAUUUAGUUUAUCUCCAAGCUAUCGUUAAAGAAGCAUUAAGGUUAUAUCCUCCAGGGCCAGUAUCAGUACCACGCGAAUGUAUUAAAGAUUGCUCUGUCGGUGGCUAUCAUAUUCCAGCAGGUACACGCCUUAUUGUUAAUAUUUCAAGAAUUCAUAGAGAUCCGCGCGUGUGGUCGAAUCCUUCAGAGUUUGAACCGGAGAGAUUUCUGAGUAUGAAUAUUGAUGUGAAAGGCAAAAACCCAGAGCUGAUACCAUUUGGAAGCGGAAGAAGAAUGUGUCCUGGAGCCACUUUUGCUCUUCAAAUUUUGAACCUUACACUUGCUUCUUUCUUACAUGCAUUUGAAAUCGAAACCCCAUCAGGGAAACCUGUUGAUAUGAGUGAGGGCACUGGAAUAAUCAACCUCAAAGCCACUCCUCUCGAGGUGGCUCUUACUCCACGCCUUUCCGCUCAUUUGUACUAGCUAGGAAAUAUAUGUAAUCUUUUCUUGUAAUAACAAAACUAAACCUGUACUAAUAAGAAUAAUCAGGUUUAGUUCAGCAGUAAUUCAGUUAUUUUCAAAUAUGUAAUAAAGAUUUACGAGCUUUAACCAGUUAA